AAUCAGAGCUCAUCACAUUAUUUUCAUGAGACAUAAUCAUAUUUAUGAUUAAUACAUUUUUAAUUGAGAGUAUAUUAUAAUAUGUAAAAGAUUUGAAGAAUUAAUUUAAGCCCUCCAAAACCCUCUUCAGUUCAAUUUUUGAGUUUGUAUUAUUUAAAUUAAUUUAAUAUUAUGAAGAAAAAUAAACUUCUCUUCUCUCUAAAAUCUUCUAUUCCUUCUACUUCCUUCAUUUAGAGGCACAUGUCCUACCACAUUAGUUUUACUCUUCUUCAAGUUUCAAAAACCUACUUUCACAACAACAUGCCUAAGAUAUUCUGAUUAAUAAAAUGCUAUAAAUACUUUUCUGUAAAAAAAAAAUGCCUAAAAUGUUAAUUAAAAUCAUUUAAAAGUUCAAAGAUGUGAUUAAAACUUUUAAGUUCAGGAAGAACUUAGUAUAAACUGUGAAUAAAGAAAUUCAAAUACACACAUCAUUAUAACCCUCUAAUAAGCUUUUAAAAACCUAGAGGUUCUCUUUUCUUUUCUUUUAUUUAUUUAUUAUUUUUUCUUUUUUUUGAAAUUUCUGAUGUUUUCAAGGUCAUAUAAUUUUUUUUAAUAUUUUUUAAAAAUUAUGCUUAUCUAAUGUCGCUAUGGGAUCAGCCAAUUGAAGGGCAAACAUUCAUUAAAAGACAAAAGGAUGCAUAUUCCUAAGCUCCUUGUCCAUUCUGAAAGUUGUCACAUAUGAAAAUGUUACAUGCCAACACAUCUAAUAAAUCAACAAUUAGCAUAUAUUUCAUUCUCAAAUCAAAAUCAAAAUCAAAAUCAAUAUCAAACUAAAAUAAAAUAAAACACAAAUACAACAACACAUCAUUCAAAACACAAAAACUUAUAAUAAUCACCACUAUAUAAACAUCUAAGCACACUAAAACAUAACAAAAAGGAUUAAAACUAUGUUUAUGUUUUGUUUUAAUCCCUUCACAACAACCAUGUUUAUGUUUUUAUUUUUGUUUACCUUUAUCAAAACUCUAAAAGUUACAACAAGCACUGUAAUUAGUCCAACUACAUUCUCCUUUAUUUCUUUUAGUCCUGAAAGUUGCAACAAUGGUGAAUUACUUUGUAUGGGAUCAGCCACUUCAAGAAAUGGUUAUGUAAGUCUCACACCAGAGCCAGAGGAAGAACAAAGCAUAGUAAAUUCAGGUUCAUCUAACAUAGAUAACAAAGUAGGAAGGGUUUUGUAUCCUCAUCCAGUUCAUGUUUGGCCAGCAAUUAUCACUACUACAUUCACUCUUAGGAUCACUCCGUUUGCGAAAAACUCGACUAGCUCUGGUGAUGGAAUGGCACUUGUAUUUUCUCAAGAUAAUAGGCCUUCUCCAAAUGAUAGCUAUGGUUCUUAUCUUGGCAUGUUUGAUAGGUCUACACAAGGUGGAAAUUUUCAACAAAUAGGUGUGGAAUUGGAUACAUUCAUGAAUGAAUUUGAUCCAGAUGGAAACCACAUUGGCAUAGUGACAACAAGCAUAACAAAUCCAGUUGCUUUUCAUAGUCUCAAUAACACUGAAGUUGACCUCAAAAGUGGGAGAGACAUUGAGGUUAAAGUUGACUAUAAUGGAUGGACUAAAAUGAUUUCUAUCUCAAUUGGAUACUCAAAUAGCCAAUUGAAGAGUGUUCUCAACCAUUCAAUUAACUUACCUGAUAUAAUUCCAAGCUCAGUUUAUGUUGGUUUCACAGCCUCAACCGGCAAGACUUUGCCCGAAACUCAUCAAAUCCUAAAUUGGUUUUUCACAUCAGUACCAUUGCCUGUUCUUUCUAUUAAGCACAGUUCAAUUGGAAAAUUCAAGAUCAUAAUGAUGAUUGUCAUACCAAUUCUUGUGUUAUUUACCUUGCUUUCUGUUAGUCGGGAAGCUUGGAAGCGAAGAUAUGAGAAGGGUGAUCGUAAAGAGGACAUAGAAAGCCUAUCAAGGACGGGUGUGGAUGCGCCUAAGAUGUUCGGUUACAAGGAACUGUCAAAAGCCACUUGUAAGUUCAGUAAAGAAAAUAUUGUGGGAAGAGGUGGAUUUGGAAGUGUUUAUAAAGGCUUCAUGCUAGAAAAUGGAAAAACCAUAGCAGUAAAGAAAAUUUCAGCAACUUCUAAGCAAGGUGAAAGAGAGUUCUUGGCCGAAAUAUGUACCAUCGGCCGUCUUCGGCACAAAAACUUGGUGCAGCUCCAAGGCUGGUGCAAUGAAGGCAAAAAUCUUCUCUUGGUUUAUGAUUACAUGCAAAAUGGAAGCCUUGAUCAAUUCAUAGGCAAAGAUAUCCUAGAUUGGCAAACAAGGCACAAGAUAUUAACAGGAUUAGCAUCAGGAUUACUAUACCUUCAUGAAGAAUGUGGAAAUCCAGUAGUUCAUAGAGAUGUUAAACCUAACAAUGUAAUGCUUGAUUCUAAUUACAACGCUCAUUUAGGCGAUUUCGGACUCGCAAGGUUACUCAACAAUGAGGAUUCUGUAACUACAAACUUAGCCGGAACACCGGGCUAUUUAGCACCCGAAAUAGGCUUCACAGGAAAAGCUACACCUGAAUCAGAUGUUUAUAGCUUUGGAAUGGUUAUACUUGAAGUCAUUUGUGGCAAAAGGUCAAAAAGAGUAAUGGAAGAUAAUAGUUUGGUAGAUUAUGUUUGGAAUUUACAUACUCAAAAUCAAAUUAUUGAGUGUGUUGAUGAACAAUUGAAAAAUUGUUUUGAUGUGGAAGAAGCUAAAAGGUGUUUGAUGGUUGGAUUAGCAUGUUUGCAUCCUGAUUCUUUGUUUAGGCCAAAGAUGAGGAAAGUUGUGCACAUUUUUUUGAAUCCAAAUGAACCUUUAAUGGAAUUGCCGGAAAUGCGACCGGCCGGAGUUUAUGUAUCAUUUUCUUGUACUUCAAUGACAGAUUUUAGAUCAAGAACUGAGUUACAGCUUCAAUCAUCCACAACAUCAAUGGAGAACAUCAGUGAUACUUCAUUUUGUUUAAAUUCAUCCUCUGAGUGAUGGAAUUAUUGUUAGUUAGACUAUUUAGUUAUUAGCUUUUUAUACUCUGUUAUCUGUUUGUUCUUUUUUGUGCAUAAGUUAGGCUCUGUUUGGUAAAAUUAAGCUAUAAGCUAGCUUAUAGCUGAAAAACUAGUUUAUAGGUGAUAACUUAUGGUUGGAAAGCUAGUAGAAUGAAAUUAAAGUGUUUGGCAAA